GGCUUCACUUCGUCCAUGUCCCCAGCACCACGACCUUCUUCCUCCUUUUCUGAUUUAUUUGAAAGAACUAGUUCUGCUUCAUCCCCUGGCAGCGCUGCUUUUGCUUCAUCCCUUGGCGGAGCACCACCCUCCUUUUCAGACUUGCUGCAAAGUUCUGACGGGCUUAUGAACUACAUGAUGAUGGGCCAACAGCGUAAUCUACCUAAGAAUUCGCAUUUUGUUGGAGGAACAUCAUAUUGCACACAAGUGGAGGAAGCUGAUGACAACCCUGUUGACAUCGAGGGCAACGAUGGAGACGAAGAAGUCAGGACUGAGGCAAGACUAAUAUGGAAACCAGAGGAAGAUGGGAGAGUGAUGAGUGCUUAGCUCAAACACUCCAUGGACCCACUUCGUGGAAAUAAUACGAAGUCCGAUAAAUAUUGGACGGAAGUCCAGGAGGAGUACAAUCAAGCUACUGUAAAAAAUAGAUGGAGAACCACAAAGCAGGUUAAAGACAGAUGGUACAAAAUCAAUAAAUUGACAAAUUUGUUCAAUGAUUGUUGGUUGAAAGCUAAGAGGGUUUACACCGGUGGAUACUCAGAUGAAAUGUGGUUAG